AUGUCCAGUUUUACUAAAUCUGCCCAGGUAACACUUUACUUUUAUACAUAACGUGUGAUUAUUUUGUAUUUUGAACUAGCAUUAAAUGUGUAAAUGUCAUGGUAAAUUAUAUGCAAAACUCAUCGCUGACAUAUGGUACAUGUCGCUAACGUUAGCUAGCUAGCUAUCCGUAAUCUGUCCAGCUAGCUAAUCUCUUUAUUAAAUCGUAGUCCUAAAUUGCAGUUUGAUCUUUUCUUGCAAUUAUUUAUAUUAUUAAUUUAAUCCUUGUGCCCCAGUCAACCUUCAGCUAUAUGUUUGUGGCUUGAGAGCUGACAACUGUGUGCUGAUGUGGGAUGUUGUGCUACUACUGUGUCUGAAACUCUGAAUUGACGUGAUCUCUCUCUUCCCCUUUAUUCAGCAAUGGGCUACCUUUGCCAGGUCGUGGUACCUGAUAGACGCUCGGAUGCAGCCUCCAGGGAAGAUUGCCACUAUGUGUGCAGUCAGGCUACAGGGGAAACACAAACCGAUCUACCAUGCACUGAGUGAGUAGACAGCUAGCAACAUGCCCAUUUAGAAAUGGACUAAUGAUGUGUGUUUUCCUGAAUGUGUGCGACUGUGCAAUACAGUCCGCAAUUGAUUUGAGGCUUUAAUUUGAUGCUUCCUUCACAGCCAGCCGGAGGGGAUGGCUGCCGUUUUACAGGCUCCUAACCAAUUGUACUAUUUUGUGUGGUUUUCUCGCAUUGUUUGUAACUUAUUUUCUACAUAAUGUUGCUGCUACUGUCUCUUAUGACCGAAAAGAGCUUCUGGAUAUGAGAACAGCGAUUACUCACCUCGAAAUGGACUAAGAUUUUUUCUUCAAUGAGUCCGAUGCUAAGGAUGUACUGUUUUUCUGAGACCAGGCCCAAAUCCCUGUCAUUCGCGUGAAGAAAAGACUAAGGUACAGGGGGCGGAGAUUGUGGGUGCCUUGUGAGAAUUAGACGGCGAGUGGGUAACCCGCCUCUACCAUCCGUUCUAUUGGCCAACGUGCAAUCACUGGAGAAUAAACUGGAUGAGCUCUGUUCGAAACUAUCCUACCAACGGGACAUUAAAAACUAAUAUCUUAUGUUUCACCGAGUCAUGGCUGAACGAUGACGCGGAUAAUAUACAAUUGGCUGGGUUUUCCGUGCAUCGGCAGGACAGAACAGCUAUGUCCGGUAAGACCCUCGGGUGGUGGUGUGUGCGCCUAUUUGUCAAUAACAGCUGGUGCGUGAUUUCUAAUAUUAAGGAAGUCUCUAGGUAUUGCUCGCCUGAGCUAGAGUACCUCAUGAUAAGCUGUAGACUACACUAUCUACCAAGAGAGUUUUCCUCUAUAUUUUUCAUAGCCGUCUAUUUACCACCACAAACCGAUGCUGGCACUAAGACCACACUCAACGAGCUGUAUAAGGCCAUAAGCAAACAAGAAAAGGCUCAUCCAGAAGUGGCACUCCUAGUGGCCGGGGACUUUAAUGCAGGCCAAUUUUAAAUCUGUUUUACCUCAUUUCUACCAGCAUGUCACAUGUGCAACCUUUACUCCACACAUGGAGACACAUACAAUGCUCUCCCUCGCCCUCCAUUUGGCAAAUCUGACCAUAAUUCUGUCCUCCUGAUUCCUGCUUACAAGUAAAAACUAAAGCAGGAAGUACCAGUGACUCGCUCAAUACGGAAGUGGUCAGAUGACGCGGAUGCUACGCUACAGGACUGUUUUGCUAGCACAGACUGGAAUAUGUUCCGGGAUUCAUCCAAUGGCAUUGAGGAGUACACCACAUCAGUCACUGGCUUCAUCAAUAAGUGCAUCGAAGACGUCAUCCCCACAGUGACCGUAUGUACAUAUCCCAACCAGAAGCCAUGGAUUACAGGCAACAUCCACACCGAGCUAAAGGGUAGAGCUGCCGGUUUCAAGGAGUGUGACACUAAUACGGACGCUUAUAAGAAAUCCCGCUAUGCAUUCAGACGAACCAUCAAACAGGCAAAGCGUCAAUACAGGACUGCGAUUGAAUCCUACUACACCGGCUCUGACGCGCGUCGGAUUUGGCAGGGCUUACAAACUAUUAGAGACUACAAAGGGAAACCCAGCCAUGAGCUGCCCAGUGACGCGAGCCUACCAGACGGGCUAAAUGCCUUUUAUGCCCCUUGUUUUUACACUGCUGCUACUCUCUGUUAAUUAUCUAUGCAUAGUCACUUUACCCCUACGUACAUGUACAAAUGACCUCGACUAACCUGUACCCCCGCACAUUGACUCGGUACCGGUACCCCUGUACAUAGCCUCGUUAUUGUUAUUUUAUUGUGUAACUUUAUUUUAUGUUUUACUUUAUUUUAUUUAGUAAAUAAUUAUUGAACUGCAUUGUAGGUUAAGGGCUUGUAAGUAAGCAUCUCACGGUAAGGUCUACACUUGUGUUCGGCGCAUGUGACAAAUAAAAUUGGAUUUGAUUUUAAUUUGAGCAAGGACAUAUUCUGAGAGGUUUUUUUUGCAGCCAUAACAAUGACCACAUGGUGGCGCUAAAGGAUCACUAUGAAACCAAUAGACCCCAACUAUGCACAUAACCAGAAGGCUCAGAUAGAACCCACCACUUAUUUUUCAUCAACUGCCUUCAGCCUUCUUUCAAAACCUGUGGCUCUUCACACUAUUUGAGUUUGAUUUGACUGUGAGGUGAAUGCCUCUUCACCUGAUGUAUAGGUACAUGUGUGUGGACCCUGAGGGAUAGAGAAACCUGUCCAUUACUUUCCCCUCAUCCCUGGAGCUGUGCUCUGUUAACUGCUGGAAUGCUGGAGAGUGAAGGGGGCUUAUUGUUUGACCUAUUCUAUGAACCUGUUUGACCUAUUCUAUGAUGCUGUUUGACCUAUUCUAUUAAAUGUGAUCUGCUCGUUGUUGAACGACCAUUCAAACUAAGAAGGGUUUACUUUUGGUGUGUUAUACGCUACCAGUCAAAAGUUUUAAAUGCUUCACAGUGUGCAAAGCUGUCAUCAAGGCAAAGGGUAGCUAUUUGAAGAAUCUCAAAUAUAACAUAUCUUUUUUGAUUUGUUGAACACUUUUUUUGGUUACUACAUGAUUCCAUAUGUGUUAUUGCAUAUAUUUGAUGUCUUCACUAUUAUUCUACAAUGUAGAAAAUAGUAAAAAAUAAAGAAACUUUUGACUGGUAGUGUACAUUAAUCCUCCCUUUUCCAAUUGUAGUGACUCAUCUAUUUAGUUCCUAGCAGUGCACUGAUCCUCCUCCCUACAUUACAAUAAACCUAGCUUUUAUUUACACCUGCCUUUUCAUUUAAGUUAUACAUGUUCCCUUUCCCAAAGUGUAUAUCUGCUUUAGUAGAGAGUGAUGGAGAGGUGUUAGAAAGUCAUCUAUCAUUCUCUCCAUAUCUAAUUCAGAAACCACUUGGUGGCAUUUGAAUUAUGAAUCUUUUCCUGCAUUCCUUGAUAAUCUUUUAAAAGGAGCUAAGAACAUCCAUUGUAACGUGUCAGCAAAAUGUGUUUCUAUAAAGUUUGUGAUCUUUAUAAUGAGCAUGUGUCUCUGUGUUCCUCAGGUGAUGUUGGAGAUCAUGUAGUAGUCAUGAACACCAGACACAUAGCCUUCUCUGGGAACAAAUGGGAACAGAAGGUCUAUUCCUCCCACACACAGUAAGGUCUUGAUCAGACUGUCUGUCUGUUACACGUGGAAUAACCAGUGAACAUAAAGGAGUGUUAUUCUGUACCUGUGUUUACUCAUCAGUCAAGAAGAACUUCAUUGAAACAUGGAGCAUGUGAACUGAUCUGUGUAAUGAGUGAUGUGGUUGACUAAGCAUAUGUGUGUAAAGUUGAUUGUCAUACCAAAGUGUGUCUUCCUCGAAAUUCAGCUUUGUUUCUUUCCCAAAGGUUUCCAGGUGGAUUUAAACAAGUCACAGCCACCCAGCUACAUUUGAAAGACCCCAAAGCGGUAAGUAUUUUGAGUCAGUUUAUUAGGUACACCCAUCUAGUACCGAGUCGGACUGCCCUUUGCCUCCAGAACGGCUGGAAUUCUUCGGGAAAGUUCCACAGGGAUGUUGGUCCAUGCUGACGUGAUGGCAUCACGCAGUUGCUGCAGAUUGGACGGCGGUACACCACAACCACCAGCUUGUACCUUUGACACCAGGCAGGAUGGGUCCAUGGACUCAUGCAGCUUACGCCAAAUCCUGACUCUGCCAUCAGCAUGACGCAUCAGGAACUAGGAUUUGUCAGACCAGGGAAUGUUUUUCCACUCCUCAAUUGUCCAGUGUUUGUGAUCGUGUGACUACUGGAACCUCUGCUUCUUGUUCUAAGCUGAUAGGAGUGGAACCCGGUGUGGUCGUCUGCUACAAUAGUCAAUGACAAGGAUUGACGAGUUGUGCAUUCCGAAAUGCUGUUCUGCACACCACUGUUGUACUUUGCCGUUGUCUGUUUGUGGCCUGCCUGUUAGCUUGCACAAUUCUUGCCAUUCUCCUUCGACCUCUCUCAUCAACGAGCUGUUUUCGCCCACAGGACUGCCACUGACUGGAUGUUUUUUGUUUGUCGCACCAUUUCUCAGUAAGCUCUAGACACUGUCGUGAGUGAAAAGCCCAGGAGGGCGGAUGUUUCUGAGAUACUGGAUCCGACGUGCCUGGCACCGACAAUCAUACCACGCUCAAAGUCGCUUAGGUCACUCGUUUUGCCCAUUCUGACGUUCAGUCGAACAGUAACUGAAUGACUCGAUGCCUGUCUGCCUGCUUUAUAUAGCAAGCCAUGGCCUCGUGAACAGGGUGGUGUACCUAAUAAACUGGCUGGUGAGUUAGCUAUUGUUUAUUUGUGUGCUACUGCAGUCUGUUUGGAAACACUGAAUAAACACUGUCCUCUCAAGUGUACCUAUACAGUAACUUCAGCCUUUAAAGUUUCAUUCCUAGGCCUAGCUAAAGCUGCAUUUCAUAAUUCAUCAAAAUGUCAGAAUUGCAUGGCAUUCAGGUAGCAGUUGCAUUUUGCAUCGCAUUUAUGUAUUGAUUUUUUAUUUGAUGAAAUAUGAGCUGUCCCACAGUUGUGUGACGUGUUUUGUCUAUAAACGUUACAAAUGGCCCGCUGGGAAAGAAUGAAUUAUGGUGUAUUAUUACUCUGUCCUUGUAAGUCUCCCAUCCCUCCCAUUCCUCUGGUUCCAGAGAGGUAGUGUUCUGCUCCAGAAUCAUCAGGGAGGAUUUUAGAAGUGUUGUUUUCAGACAGACACACUUGUGUAUUAUCACAGACACAGCAUCUGUGCUGGUACAGGUCUGUCAGACUAUUACACCUUUAGGAGAAUGUCUACUGGAAUCUGGGGAAAGGCCUAGCUGGGUGUGCAGGAAGAUAAAGGAGCAGCAGCAGAGCUUAUUGCAACCCAGAGAUUAACUUUUCAAGGAAUAAACUAAACCCAUUUCAGCUUGAAUUUGGCUAUAUGUUUUCUCUCCUCUGCCUUAGAGCACAUGGCAUUGCUCUUAUUUAGAUGGAUGGUCUUAAUAUUGUUUUAGUGUAUACUUUUGUUUGUGUUGCCUCAAAUACAUGAAUGUUUCAACAGUGCCGUCCCAAGUGGUUAACUGACGAAAUGUACCUAUAGCUAGGCCCACAUGUACAUUAAUUAAAUGUACCUUAAGCUAAGCUUAGUGAUGAGCUUUGUGGGCACUAUGGUAUUGAAUGCUGAGCUGUAGUCAAUGAACAGCAUUCUCACAUAGGUGUUCCUUUUGUCCAGGUGGGAAAGGGCAGUGUGGAGUGUGGAUUGCAUCAUCUGUGGAUCUGUUGGGGGGGUAUGUAAAUUGGAGUGGGUCUAGGGUUUCCAGGAUGAUGGUGGUGUUGUGAGCCAUGACCAGCCUUUCAAAGCACUUUAUGGCUACCGACGUGAGUGCUACAGGGCGGUAGUCAUUUAGGCAGGUUACCUUCGCUUUCUUGGGCACAGGGACUAUGGUGGUCUGCUUGAAACAUGUAGGUAUUACAGACUCAGUCAGGGAGAGGUUGAAAAUGUCAGUGAAGACACUUGCCAGUUGGUCCGCGCAUGCUCUGAGUACACAUCCUGGUAAUCCGUAUGGCCCCGCGGCCUUGUGAAUGUUGACCUGUUUAAAGGUCUUGCUCACAUCGGCUAUGGAGAGUGUAAUCACACAGUCGUCCGGAACAGCUGGUGCUCUCAUGCAUGCUUCAGUGUUGCUUGCCUCGAAGCGAGCAUAAAAGGCAUUUAGCCCGUCUGGUAUGCUCGCAUCACUGGGCAGCUCGUGGCUGGGUUUCCCUUUGUAGGCCGUUAUAGUUUGUAAAUCCUGCCACAUCCGACGCGCAUCAGAACGGGUGUAGUAGUAUUCAAUCUUAGUCCUGUAUUGACGCUUUGCCUGUUUGAUGGUUCAUCUGAGGGCAUAGCGGGAUUUCUUAUAAGCGUCCGGAUUAGUGUCCUGCUUAGCUUAACAGGACAAUGACCCAAAACACACCUCCAGGCUGUGUAAAGGCUAUUUGACCAACAAGGAGAGUGAUGGAGUCCUGCAUCAGAUGACCUGGCCUCCACAAUCACCCGACCUCAACCCAAUUGAGAUGGUUUGGGAUGGGUUGGACCGCAGAGUGAAGGAAAAGCAGCCAACAAGUGCUCAGCAUAUGUGAGAACUCCUUCAAGACUGUUGGAAAAGCAUUCCUCUUGAAGCUGGUUGAGAGAAUGCCAAGAGUGUGCAAAGCUGUCAUCAAGGCAAUGGGUGGCUAUUUGAAGAAUUUGUUUAACACUUUUUUGGUUUCUACAUGAUUCCAUACAGUGGGGGGAAAAAGUAUUUAGUCAGCCACCAAUUGUGCAAGUUCUCCCACUUAAAAAGAUGAGAGGCCUGUAAUUUUCAUCAUAGGUACACGUCAACUAUGACAGACAAAAUGAGAAAAGAAAAUCCAGAAAAUCACAUUGUAGGAUUUUUAAUGAAUUUAUUUGCAAAUUAUGGUGGAAAAUAAGUAUUUGGUCAAUAACAAAAGUUUCUCAAUAUUUUGUUAUAUACCCUUUGUUGGCAAUGACACAGGUCAAACGUUUUCUGUAAGUCUUCACAAGGUUUUCACACACUGUUGCUGGUAUUUUGGCCCAUUCCUCCAUGCAGAUCUCCUCUAGAGCAGUGAUGUUUUGGGGCUGUCGCUGGGCAACACGGACUUUCAACUCCCUCCAAAGAUUUUCUAUGGGGUUGAGAUCUGGAGACUGGCUAGGCCACUCCAGGACCUUGAAAUCCUUCUUACGAAGCCACUCCUUCGUUGCCCAGGCAGUGUGUUUGGGAUCAUUGUCAUGCUGAAAGACCCAGCCACGUUUCAUCUUCAAUGCCCUUGCUGAUGGAAGGAAGUUUUCACUCAAAAUCUCACGAUACAUGGCCCCAUUCAUUCUUUCCUUUACACGGAUCAGUCGUCCUGGUCCCUUUGCAGAAAAACAGCCCCAAAGCAUGAUGUUUCCACCCCCAUGCUUCACAGUAGGUAUGGUGUUCUUUGGAUGCAACUCAGCAUUCUUUGUCCUCCAAACACGACGAGUUGAGUUUUUACCAAAAAGUUAUAUUUAGGUUUCAUCUGACCAUAUGACAUUCUCCCAAUCCUCUUCUGGAUCAUCCAAAUGCACUCUAGCAAACUUCAGACGGGCCUGGACAUGUACUGGCUUAAGCAGGGGGACACGUCUGGCACUGCAGGAUUUGAGUCCCUGGCGGCGUAGUGUGUUACUGAUGGUAGGCUUUGUUACUUUGGUCUCAGCUCUCUGCAGGUCAUUCACUAGGUCCCCCCGUGUGGUUCUGGGAUUUUUGCUCACCGUUCUUGUGAUCAUUUUGACCCCACGGGGUGAGAUCUUGCGUGGAGCCCCAGAUCGAGGGAGAUUAUCAGUGGUCUUGUAUGUAUGUAUGUAUGUAUGUAAUUUGCAAAUAAAUUCAUUAAAAAUCCUACAAUGUGAUUUUCUGGAGAAAAAAAAUCUCAAUUUGUCUGUCAUAGUUGACGUGUAUCUAUGAUGAAAAUUACAGGCCUCUCUCAUCUUUUUAAGUGGGAGAACUUGCACAAUUGGUGGCUGACUAAAUACUUUUUUUCCCCCACUGUAUGUGUUAUUUCAUAGUUUGAUGUCUUCACUAUUAUUCUACAAUGUAGAAAAUUGUCCAAAUAAAGAAAAACCCUUGAAUGAGUAGGUGUGUCCAAACUUUUGACUGGUACUGUACAUUAAUCCUCCCUUUUCCAAUUGUAGUGACUCAUCUAUUUAGUUCCUAGCAGUGCACUGAUCCUCCUCCCUACAUUACAAUAAACCUAGCUUUUAUUUACAUCUGCCUUUUCAUUUAAGUGAUACAUGUUCCCUUUCCGUAAGUCUAUCUCCCAAAGUUUAAACAUGAGGGAUAGUGUGUGAGGGGCAUCCCCCUCAGUGAUGGCAUAGCAGGAAGGGAGAACAGAACAGCCACAUGUUCUCCUACCCCAGCCCAGAGAACAGAACAGCCGCAUGUUAUCCUAUCCUAGCCCUGCCCAGAGAACAGAACAGCCACAUGUUAUCCUACCCCAGCCCAGAGAACAGAACAACCACAUGUUCUCCUACCCCAGCCCAGAGAACAGAACAGCCACAUGUUAUCCUAUCCUAGCCCUGCCCAGAGACCAGAACAGCCACAUGUUAUCCUACCCCAGUUCCAUACUGUAUAGCUGAAUGGCCCAGGCCAGAGCUCCAAGGCCUGGCCGACUGCCUGCCUGCCUCUCCCCAGUUCUGGCCUGCAGCCUCUCAACCCUCAUCGCCCCCCUAGCCCUCUCCAAACCUCCCCAGGCCUCCGCUCUCCCCCAGCCCACCUCUCCCUCUCCCCAACUGUCCUCAUCCCUCCCCUCAGCGCUCCUCCCCAGCCCUGGCCAGUUGCAUCUCCCUUCCCCUCCUCUCCCCCCCCCCCAUUCCUCUCCAGCCCUCCUCAGGCUUCUCUAGCACAUUAAACCUCCAUUAAUGAGAUGGAUGCGUGUCUCUAGCUGAGUUAUUCCAGUGGUGGGAGAAUCUAUCAGAGGUAAUUGUGGGUAAUGAUCACGUUGGGGUGACAUCCACCUUCUGUAGCCGUGGUAACGAAUGGUGUCCCUAUACAACACACAUCCAUCAUCCACACACCACGGUCGUCAUUUAACAGGAAUAGGACUGAUUAAUUUUCACAGGGAAUAGAUAUGUAUGAAGGGAUUCAGCUAGAAAUGGUAGGUGAGAGAAAAAGUCAAAUAUUAAGAGAUUUUCACUUCUCUGUGACAUUUUAGGUUUUUCUUCCCCUCACGUGGUAUUCUUAUUGCAGAGGUUGGAUUUGAGUGGUGGACGGUUAUGUAGGAAUAACAUGUCAUUUUUCUGGUCGGUUUGCCAACGGGAGUAGGGAGGGGAGGAACAUGGAAAGACUGGAGAAGGAAACUGGGGAAUAGAGGAGGGGUUGUGGCACAUUCAGGGUAUCAGUUGAAGGAUAACACAAUUUCUUUCUAAAUUCUUUGCUACCAGUUGGCGAUCGUGACACAUAGCUCCAAGGAACACUGAAUAUGUUUCACACCACAGGGUGAGGGAGGGAUACGAGGAAUAAAACCAGACUGUUUAGAUGAGGUUAGGAGAAUAUUAAAGAGGUCUAUAAGGUUGUAUACAGGGGAGACUGCUCAGUACUCUUUACUAUCUACAUUAACAAGCAGAGGGUAAGGUGGAGAUAUUACCAUAUUGUUUAAACCUAGCACAUUAAGAAAGCUAAACUUAGAUAUAUGUUUUUGGUUGUUGGUUCAAUUAGACCAUGCCCAUUUCAAGUAUAUAUUUCUAAAAACAAAUUAGGGAAGUUAGCUGGCUAACUCAUUGAUCUUGCUUUGUAGUAUACCCCCCUGGACCUAACAGGACCUCCACUAGAGACAUUUUUAGUCAUUUAGCAGAUGCUCUUAUCCAGAGCGACUUACAGGAGCAAUUAGGGUUAAGUGCCUUGCUCAAGGACAUAUCAACAGAUGUUUUACCUAGUCGGCUCAGGGAUUAGAACCAGCGACCUUUCGGUUACUGGCACAACGCUCUUAACCACUAAGCUACCUGCCGACAUAUUAAAGAUGGCUCAAUGAUGGACCUCGACCUUGCUCCUCUCUAGAGCUGUAAACAUGACAACCCUGAUCCAACUGUCUUACAUCAAACGCCUGUCUGUGUUAAGGGUGUCCCAAAUAGCACCCUAUUCCCUAUAUAGUGCACUAGGGUGCCAUUUGGGACACAACCUAAGUAGCCUAUCCAAGCGAUGUAUCUCCUUCUUCUUCUUCUUCUUCAUCAUCAGAUAGUAAAGCUGGCAGUAUAUGGGAUGCUGCCUAGGAACCUCUCCAGAAGGACCAUGAUGCAACGGCUACACCUCUUCCCUGAAGAUGUAAGACUUGUCUUUAAGACUAUGACAUCUAAUAUUGUGUGAAAAUGAAACAGGACGUUUUAGUAAAAUAAUGAUGCCACACACCACCUCUUCCCUGAAGAUAAAAUAUCUGCUCUUUAUUCCCCUGUUGUGGAGGGAAUAUGGCUGACAUGUUGAUUGAUUGAUUGAAUUUGCUUAAUAAUUUUAAAUGACUACAUAUACAGCCAAGAACAAGCAGAACAGACAUAGAAACAUCAAUGAUAACACAAGUCUGACAUGUUUCCAUUGUGGUAAAGCAUUUAGAAAAGACUAGUCGCAGUCUAGCUUCUAUGCCCAUAAUACGGUAUAUAAAUGUAAAAGUCUUAUUUUCCAUUGACCUACACCUCUCCAACCCAGGUGUGUGUUCCCUCUCUGAGAAGUGAAGACACCUACAAACCCAAGACUGUGUUCCUGUCCCUGGCUAUAGCCUAGGUGUCAUACAGAUCCAGAUCUAAGACUGUGUCCCUGUCCCUGGCUAUAGCCUAGGUGUCAUACAGAUCCAGAUCUAAGACUGUGUCCCUGUCCCUGGCUAUAGCCUAGGUGUCAUACAGAUCCAGAUCUAAGACUGUGUCCCUGUCCCUGGCUAUAGCCUAGGUGUCAUACAGAUCCAGAUCUAAGACUGUGUCCCUGUCCCUGGCUAUAGCCUAGGUGUCAUACAGAUCCAGAUCUAAGACUGUGUUCCUGUCCCUGGCUAUAGCCUAGGUGUCAUACGGAUCCAGAUCUAAGACUGUGUCCCUGUCCCUGGCUAUAGCCUAGGUGUCAUACAGAUCCAGAUCUAAGACUGUGUCCCUGUCCCUGGCUAUAGCCUAGGUGUCAUACAGAUCCAGAUCUAAGACUGUUCCUGUCCCUGGCUAUAGCCGUGAUGCCAUACAGAUCCAUGAAAUGGCUUUGUUGUAUGUAAUUGUAUGGUAGGAUCUUCCUGAGGACAUCCUUAUGAACCUGACAGAGGAGCUGCCUCAGCCCAGAGAGAUCCCUCGCAGACUGAAUGAGUACAGCCAGGAGGAACGAGAAGCCUUCCCCACUCUAUGGACC